GUGGACCUGCAUUAUUUAUUUAUCCGCUUAGAUUUCUAUGGUUGAUACAAUUUUGGUAUCCGUUAUCAAUUAAAAUUCGAAAUAUUUGUGUGUUUGGUGUGUAAACCUUGGAGCUAUGGCUUCCUUAUCGACGAUAACUCAACCAUCUUUAGUCCACAUUCCCGGUGAAUCAGUCCUCCAUCACGUACCAAGCACGUGCUCUUUCCCAUGGAAGCCAACUAUCAACACGAAGCGGAUUAUCUGUUCGCCGGCUAGGAACUCCAGCGAAGUAUCGGCGGAGGCAGAAACCGAAGGUGGAUCUAGCACCGCCGUUGAUGAAGCACCGAAAGAGUCUCCAUCUUUAAUAUCCGCUCUCAACGUCGAACGCGCGCUACGUGGCCUUCCAAUUACAGAUGUUGAUCAUUAUGGACGGCUUGGGAUUUUCAGAAAUUGUUCUUAUGAUCAGGUUACAAUUGGUUACAAAGAAAGAGUUAAAGAGUUGAAGGAACAAGGACUAGAUGAAGAACAACUCAAGACCAAGAUGGAUCUUAUCAAAGAGUCAUAUACGAUAUUGUCGACCGUGGAAGAGAGAAGAAUGUACGAUUGGAGUCUAGCAAGAAGCGAAAAAGCAGAACGGUACGUGUGGCCAUUUGAGGUUGACAUCAUGGAACCAUCCAGGGAAGAGCCACCUCCUCAGGAACCGGAAGAUGUAGGACCAACGAGGAUUUUGGGAUACUUCAUUGGAGCAUGGCUUGUCCUUGGUGUUGCUCUUUCGGUUGCGUUCAAUCGUUAGCCAAAUUUCGUUUCUUUAUAGCUCUUCUUUUCAUAUCUUCUUCCUCACUUCAAAUCCGAUGUUUAUUUACCCGAUUAGAUUUGAUGAUGAUGUUCAAGCUACAACAAUAUAACGUAUCUUUGUAUGUGGGUAUUUACGUAUCUCGUUUCCACGUUGUAAUGCAUAGAAUCUAAAUACCAAAUCUGAAUUAUAUUUUUUGGACAAUAAAAUUUUCAUUAGGCAUGGACACAUCAUUUAUC